AUCUUCCGGGCGUGUAUUUCCGGCGACGGCGGCCGCGGCCGGGACGGUCUGAAAGCGGUAAGAUGGCGGCAGCGGCGGUGGUGGAGUUCCAGAGAGCCCAGUCUCUACUCAGCACCGACCGGGAGGCGUCCAUCGACAUCCUGCACUCCAUAGUGAAGCGUGACAUUCAGGAGAAUGAUGAGGAGGCAGUGCAGGUCAAAGAGCAGAGCAUCCUGGAACUGGGGUCUCUCCUGGCAAAGACUGGACAAGCUGCAGAGCUUGGAGGACUCCUGAAGUAUGUACGACCCUUCUUGAAUUCCAUCAGCAAGGCUAAAGCAGCUCGUCUGGUCCGAUCUCUUCUUGAUCUGUUUCUUGAUAUGGAAGCAGCUACAGGGCAAGAGGUCGAGUUGUGUUUAGAGUGCAUCGAAUGGGCCAAAUCAGAGAAAAGAACUUUCUUACGCCAAGCUUUGGAGGCAAGACUGGUGUCUUUGUACUUUGAUACCAAGAGGUACCAGGAGGCAUUACAUUUGGGUUCUCAGUUGCUGCGAGAAUUGAAAAAGAUGGAUGAUAAAGCCCUUUUGGUAGAAGUACAGCUUUUAGAAAGCAAAACAUACCAUGCCCUGAGCAACCUACCGAAAGCCCGAGCUGCCUUAACCUCUGCUCGAACUACAGCAAAUGCCAUCUACUGCCCCCCUAAAUUGCAGGCCACCUUGGAUAUGCAGUCAGGUAUUAUUCAUGCAGCAGAGGAGAAGGAUUGGAAAACUGCAUACUCAUAUUUCUAUGAAGCAUUUGAGGGUUAUGACUCCAUCGAUAGCCCCAAGGCCAUCACAUCUUUGAAGUACAUGUUGCUGUGCAAAAUCAUGCUCAACACCCCAGAAGAUGUCCAGGCCUUGGUGAGCGGGAAGCUUGCACUUCGGUAUGCGGGGAGGCAGACAGAAGCAUUAAAAUGUGUGGCUCAGGCUAGCAAGAACAGAUCACUGGCAGAUUUUGAAAAGGCCCUGACUGACUACCGGGUGGAGCUCCGGGAUGACCCCAUCAUCAGCACACACUUGGCCAAGCUGUAUGAUAACUUACUGGAACAGAAUCUGAUCCGAGUCAUUGAGCCUUUUUCCCGAGUACAGAUUGAACACAUAUCUAGCCUCAUCAAACUCUCCAAGGCUGAUGUGGAACGGAAAUUAUCGCAGAUGAUUCUUGACAAGAAAUUUCAUGGGAUCUUGGACCAGGGGGAGGGUGUCUUGAUUAUUUUCGAUGAACCCCCAGUAGAUAAAACUUAUGAAGCUGCUCUGGAAACAAUUCAGAACAUGAGUAAAGUAGUGGAUUCCCUCUACAACAAAGCCAAGAAACUGACAUAGAGUUGGAUCUGUAGCGGUCCUUUGGAGAGUGUGUGUGGCGGGAGAGUGAAACCUUUGGGGAAAAUGCUAGGGGAUUCUUUUUUCUUUAUGUUCUACUUUUCGCUCGGAAAGUUUUUAAAUCCUCAUUUGGUGCAUCUGUAUUCCAGCCAAUAGGUGUGCCAGUUUUCAUGUAAUCUUUACUGGCCCUACUUGGGAGUGGGGAAAUUGCUUAAAAAAAAAGAAAAAGAAAAAAAAAGGUUAUUCUAAAUAAAAGGAAAAGGCUUACACUACCCAAAGCUGUGCUCUCUGCCUCUUGGGAGAAGGCCGCAAAGCCAGGCCCUCCGCCAACCACUGGGGGCUCCUGAUCCACCUGCCUGGCGUCACCUCUCUUCAGAAUUGGGUGUUUGCCUGACCAUCAAAGCAACGACUUUUUAUUCUGUUUGUACUGAACCAAAACAAACAACUGUGUAUAGACUGCUAUUUUCUUUGUUAUUUGAAAUGAGGUGUUCCGGUGUUCUUUCCCCUGCCCUAUGGCCUGUCCACUAGCCCUUCCCCAAGCAAGGGGGCCGGCAGGCUGGCCGAAGGUCUGCCGCUGCACCUGCACAGCUCCGCUCCGGCCUGUGAAGGAAGGGGAAUGAGUCCAGGAGCUGGUGCCCACUCCGGCCACACGAGGAGCAGUGUGGACCCUUGGGGCCUGCUGUGCAUGUGGCUCUUUUUAACCCAGUAAACUAGAUUAGAUUUCAGUGUUUUAAUUGUCCCUUCUCUGCUCUUUUCUCUCCCUUCGCUUUCCCCUCCGAAGUGGAGACCAUUCCCGCGUGUCUCUUCCUUCCACCUUCCCCCUCCAGGGGAGCCAGGCUGUCUGAAAUCCAUCAGCUUCUCUCCCUUUCCCACUCCUCCUCUCCUGCUGUCAGAUGGGUUUUUUCCUUUUUUUAACAGUGAUCAUCGGAAAUGAGACUGUGGGAUGUGGGUUUUUUUGUUUUUUGUUGUUGGAUUUUCAAGCGACCUCAUGUUCGCCUCCUCGGGAGCCUCUUUAUUUCCGUCCUAGAAGUUGAGUGGGAGGUAGAGCACUGUGCUUCAGCAUGCUUUGUUUUAUGAUGAGAUUGCUUAGCAAGGCGGUAAUGCCAUCUGGGCAGGUAAGCUUCUGCACCUCUGUUGUGUUCAGCUGUAUUUUCUUCCUCUUAUCUUCUCUUUGUCUUUUCCUCUCCCCACCUCAUGCCUUCUUCCUGCUGGCCUCCUUUUAUCUUUCUUUCCCUUUCUCAAAUUAUCCUUCCAGGUUUUCAUAAUAAAUUUAUAUUUUGUAAAAGGAUUUUGUUGUACCAGGUUUUGCAUCCUCUGUGAAUCUGACUGGCUUUUACUUUCCUCUCCAAAAUCAUGUUUUUGUUCUUGAACAUCUCUCCCCAUCAUGUCCAGUCACUGUUUUGGUUUUGGCACCAUCAAUAUCAAAUGUACAAACGGUUCUUGCUAACCAACACCAGGUAUAUCUGAUGUUCAGAUGAGUUCCAAUAAAAACAAUUUUUUUUUCAAAA